AUGAUACCUUCUCAUCCCAUCAUCACACCGUCUCAUGCCAUUGACCUUAACUCACAACAAUUCCCGAACUUGCACUUCACCACCAUUUCUCCACCACUCUUACCCACCCCGGUUGUUUCCCACCCCGGUCCUCUUCCCCCUCCGUCUUCCUCCUUCCUCUCACACGCGUUCGAUUCCCACCAGGGCAGCACAGCAGCGCGCGUGGUGUCGCUGGCGGGGGUGCGAGGCACAGCCAUGGCGGCAGGGCUGUCUGCGAAGGCUGGAAGGUCGACAGCAACUCGUUUUGAGACGUCGCAUAACAAAUUCAUUAUCACAUGUCCCUCCCCUUCCGAUUCCCUCCAGGGCAGCACAGCAGCGCGCCUGGUGUCGCUGGCGGGGGUGCGCGGCACAGCCAUGGCGGCAGGGCUGUCUGUCAAGGCGCUGUGGGUGCUCGACGGCCACUUGCAUGGCGGUUCCUCCUUCUCCUCGCUCUUUUCUCUGCAGUAUGACCAACGGUUUUCUGUCGACGAUGUGACCACGGCAUGUGUAGUGGACGUGCUGGAACAGGCGCAGCAACUCUCGCUUUCGUACAAAGAGACCCACCUCUGCUGGUCGGCUGCUGACCUGGCAUCCAGCCUGCAGGCGUUCCGUCCAGCUCAGCACAUCCUCCGCCAGCUGGCGGCAGAGGACCUGCCACCUGUGCAGCAAUCCACCGCAGUCUUCCUCGAGGAUAUUUCUCUAGACUCCUGCCCCACGAACCGAACCCCUUCUCUCCUGCACGGCACCAACGGCCAUAUUCUUCCCUUCUUCCCCACCCCCCUUUCCUUCCCCCAUCAGGACACCCCUCUAGACACCUGCCCCGGCUGCCCCGCCAACCUCUCCCUCCUUGUCCCCCCUUCCUGCACCAACUGCCGCACCCUCCCCUUCUCCCACUCCCUCUCCUCCUGCGCCGCCCGCCGCAUCGCCUACGCCGCCCUGCGCCGCCCGGACCGCGACUUCACUGUGGCUGCUACAGUGCCGGCUGCCGCCCUGGCUGCGGCCGGCAUGUUCCACGAGUCAAGGGCGCCACUGGUGCUGCAGGCAACGCGAAGGAGGGGGGAGUUGGGGUGCGGAACAGGGGCGUGGUGGGGGGGAUGGGCGGGGGGGAGUAUCUGGGGAGAGGUUCGGGGAGCGGGGGGCAUGUGGGGAGGGCGUGGCAGGGGAAGGGGGUGGAAGAAGUGGGGGAGGAGGAGUGGGUGGUGGGGCGGUGUGCUUGGAGGGAGGCAAUGGGGGAGCGGUGGAACGGAGAGUUUGUGGUGGUGGAAGUGGGUUCUUGGGGGACCAGCAAGAAGGGAGCUGUGUGCUCAGCUAGAGAUCGUGGAGUUCCUCGCGCUGGCCCACGCGCCCUCGCUCUUUUUCGCCCUCCACGAUUCCCCCGAGGCCCGCCUUCUCACAGCCUUCGCCACUGCUGUGAGGGGUCCCCUCGGCCUCCCCCCUGCUGCUGUGGAGCCGGCUGUCUGCCCCUCGCCCGUGCUGCCGCCGCUCGCUAGCCUGCGGUUUGCACAGCAGAUGAUCAUGGACGGUGAGAGAUGGACGGUGAGAGAUGGACGGUGGGGAAUGGACGGCGGAGGAUGGACGGUGGGGGAUGGACGGUGGGGGAUGGUCGAGAAGCUGGGGGUGAUGUACUGUCAGAUUCAGAAGGUGGCGUCAACGAGCUGGAAAAUGUGGAUGCGCAGCGAGCGGGGCUUUAAGCACAUCUCCUCCUACUUCCACACUCACCACGCGGGGGUGAACGGGCUCACGCUCAUGCGGCGAGAGAUGGGAGAGGACGACGUCAUGUUCCACAUGACUCGGCGCGACCUGGUGAAGGUGGUGUUUGUGCGCAACCCGUUGCCACGGUUGCUGUCCGCGCAUGGGGACAAGCUGGCUAAUGGUGGGGAGAGCCGCAACGUCAGCAUGUGGAACGAGGUGGGUUUCUGGGUUGCCGCUUUGCUUGAACGGGUUGCUGCGCUGGUCUGUGUCGAAAGACUGCCUGCGUACGCCUUACAUGCCUCUCUCCUUGUGAUUACCGUGCAGCUGUUGUUGGGCCAUGAGCGCUUGAAGCGCCACGGGUUCGCGGUGAACAGCACUACACAGCUGUGCGGACUGGACAUGAUCAAAUACAACAUUGCUGGCAAAUACGAAACUCUGCAAGAGGACAUGCUACAGGUGGUGAGCAGGCUGAACCGGUCGACGGAAAACGCGAUGAAGAUUAUCAAGCUGGGAUCUGAGUUCCACAAAACAAGGGCGGAGCAGCGCAUGCGUGCAGCGUAUGAUAAGGUACGGUCUAGCAGCUUUGCUGUGCUUCUCUUCGCAGUGAUUGGGUACAGUGCGUAA